CUGGCAACAUGUUGUUACAAGAAGACCGAUGAGGUCAGCCCUGAUGAUGAAGUCGUCACUACUGAGGAAGCCAGAAAGCCUUCUAUUGAUGAGAACAACAUUGACUGUCAACAUCAUGAGAUUUCUGAAAGCUUACCUUUCAUGCACAAGUUCUUCGGAGAUAAGUUUGCUCCAUUCGUAUUGCGUAAAGAUGUCCGAAUCAUCAGUUUGUUGUGCUUCUUAGCUUACACUGCUUUCUCCCUGUAUGGCUGCUGUAUUCUCAAAGUCGAUAUUUCUCCAGUCAAGUACAUUCGUGACAAUUCUCCAAUCCAAACCUUCGUAGCAUUAGCCGAUAAGUACAUUUGGGCUGAUAAUGUCCAACCUACAUUCCACAUCAUGAGUCCACCUGAUUUAAGAAACCCUGCCAACAGAGCUAAGAUGAACGAACUCGUUUUCAGAUUAGAACACACCGAUUAUUCCAUUGGCAGAGUUUCGACAAACUUGUGGCUAUGGGAGUACCAGCAAUAUUUGAACGACUUCCCCCAUGUAGAUAUGAGCAGAGACUUCUACGACAAAGCACUCCUGAAGAAUUUCUUCGAACAGCUUGAUUACAGUCAAUACAGAGACAAAGUUAAGAUUAUUGAUAAUGUUACCAACAACGAACCAUGCAUCUCGGCUUUCACAUUCCAAACUUCAUUCUACGGCUUGGACAGUUGGGAUAAGAGACAAGCUGAACUUUACCAUUGGAGAGCCAUUCUGAAUGAAUACCCUGAGUACGAAAUGUUCUUGUCUGGAAUUUUCAGUCCUUUCCUCAUCGAUCAAAGAAGAACGAUUGCUCCAUCUUCUAUGCAAACUAUUGGUUCAGCCUUGGCUAUGAUGGCAUUGAUCUCCUUCUUCUUCUUACCCGACUUGCAAUCUGUAUUUUUAAUGACCUGGUCCCUUCUAUCUAUCUCAAUGGGUGUAUGCGGAGGACUUGCCUUAUUAGGCUCAGAUUUAGAUUCUGUUAGUAUGGGAUGUAUAGUUAUGGCUAUCGGUUUGGCUAUAGAUUAUUCUGUUCAUAUUUGCUAUCGCUACCACAGAUCAGAAUAUCCCAAGGCUGCUGACAAGUUGAAAGACACAUUGAGAAGUGUAGCCUGGCCAAUUACUCAAGCCGUUAGUUCCACGCUGUUUGGUCUGGCCAGUACAGCUUUCGUGCCAGCAUACUUAGUUCGUGUAUUUUUCCAAACAGUGUAUCUUGUGAACAUCAUCGGUCUUGCUCAUGCCCUGAUUUUCUUGCCUCAGCUGAUUUAUACGUUGGAUCCAUGUGAACGUGUGCCACUCCGCAUGAGAGCCUCGCAGAAAAGAGUUAUGUGA